AUGUUUGCUGGCCAAGAACUACGGUCUACCGACAGGCCGAUUUAUGGAUUAUCAGCACUUUCACUCAAUGACAGGGUUUAUUUUUAUGGCGGAUACUAUGCUGUCCCACCUUGGAAUAUGGAGGCAAUGUGGUCGAUUCCAAAUACCGUCAGCACGAGCCAAUUCACUCAGCUUGCCACUGACCCUUACGCUUCACCCGCCCUCAUUCAUGGCAGCCUUGUUACCUCUCCUCUCAACAAUCAACUAUUGUACACGUUUGGUGGUCAUCAUCCCGAAAAAGUGGAUCCUGCGUUGCCACCCGAACCGAUGCGUUAUUACGUGCUUGAUAUGGCAUCACUUGCAUGGUCACCACUCCAAAAAGUAAACUCAACCACUCCUCAACCUUUGGAACGCUAUUGGCACUCAACGGCAUUACACGGCAAUACGGCUUACAUCUUUGGCGGCAUGAACAUCACCGGCCCUCUUAAUGACUACUUUUGGGCAUACGAUUUUACAUCAGAUGGAUGGCGGUCUUUGAGUAGUAAUACAAUACAAGAUACCCCACCUACUCGAUGUGGCCAUACUGCAACUAUGCUAAGCAAUGGCCAAAUGGUGAUUCUCGGUGGAUAUGCAUGUGUGGGUAAUUAUACCACAAACCCCAUCACAACAAAGAGCUUGUUCCCCCUGAAUGAAGCUGCUAUCUACGAUUCAAUCCAUGGGACAUGGCACAGCCAACGAUUAGGUGGAUCUAUCAUCCCUGAUGCACGCACGUACCACACCGCUGUUACAACUUCAGAUGAUCGUAUUAUCAUUUGUGGCGGUCAGGAUGGCUUGGAGCAGCCCUUCCAUACCUAUAUUUCCUCACAAGGAGACGCAAGUGCAAUGACAGCUAUACUCGACACCACGCGGUGGACAUGGUCCAUACCUGAUGCAUCACCUUAUCAGCCUUUUCCCCGAUCAUUUGCAGCUGCAUCUGUUGUGAAUGGAUCAAAAAUGGUCUACGGAUUUGGUUUAAAUUACCAUACCAUUUAUGAUGGGUUGUACGUAUUCGAUGCUGAUAAAGAAGCAUGGCUACCAGAAGAUCCACCUUCGCAUGAUGCAAGUGAUUCUCAUAGCGUGUUGUUCAAGGCCGGCAUGGCGGUUCUCGGCAUUUGCCUCGGUGUAAUCCUGCUUCUUGGCUGUAUUUGGUUCUACAGACGCAGACGGAAAGCCAAAGGCAGUGUCCUUGCAGGGAUGAAGCGCAUGAUUUGGCAUCCAAGAACGGGUGAACCAUUAUGGGCGGAAUUGGCUCGUCUCUUAUUUCGGAUAUUGUUUUUCGGUGUUUUUGUUGCCAUUGUUGCCAUCAUUGUGCUGCAAGUGCGUAACAGCCCUAUCAUUGAUCAAAAGUUCUAUCGUCACACAGAGGAUUAUACCAUUGAUGUGCCUGAUAUACGAUUCUGCUUUGAUGGAUGGUAUCCGGAUCAAGUAAACACGAUGCCUUUCUUACGAUGCGCUACCGACUUUGGUGAUUCAUGCUCACAAUACAUCAUCAACAUUACCGAUUCAGUCCGCACAGGCCUUGAUUAUUAUGGUGAACAGCUGACAUGCUUCCUUUUUCGAUCUUCGCCUGAUUUUCGUCUUGGUCGCACCAGUGAUCGCAGCAGCAGCAGCAGUGGUUCUUAUCUCAAGUUUCAUUACUAUGGUGAUCAUUUACCAUCCAACCAAUCCCGCAUCCAUGUCACAUUUUACAACAAAUACCAUGAUCCCAAUUUGCCAGUGUACAAUAUCCAUGACCCAUACAACCUACCAAAGUUCAACUGGUAUUCCAAGGAUGAAAACGCUGCAUUUCAGGCUGCUGAGCAAGCCAACCUUCGUACCGAUAAUGCAUUUGAUCUCGAUACCAACACAGUGAGCACAGGUAGUUACGAGCUUUCAGAACGGCAAGUGAUCAUCAGCGAUAACGUGUGGAACAAGUAUUCCGGUAUUGGCACAUCCCGUAGUGUCAUGCACCAAAUUCAAAGCCAAGCCAUGUCUGAACCUGCCGCUGCUCACUAUAACAGCAUACCAGCCCCUAUGGGUGCAUUCAAUGUGUUCCCUAGUCGAUAUGAAAUCGCUGUUUCACGAGAGCAACGUGCAUUCACUUUACUUAAUGCCAUGGGUAUCAUUGGUGGUAUCUCAGGUCUCUUGUUGGGAUUACAAGCUUUAUUGUUUGGGUUCAGGCCAAGAAGCCCUUGGGGAUGGGUCCACCGCUGGUCGUUUGGACAAAUGCGUAGGUCUUUGUUGCAUGGUUUACGAUCUCGUUUCCCUCAAGGAGCCAACGUACCCAUUGUGCAUCCUGUACAUCGUCGCUUUUCGGUGGUACAAAGAGAACAUCAAAAGCAAAUGAGACAGCGAUUGAAAAAGAUAUACGAUGUCGAUGAUGAAGAGACCAAGCUAUCGGAUGAUGAUGAUGAUGGGAGUGUCGAGGAAGAACGUGGUGAUCGAAUGGCUAGGCUAGAGGAACGACUUCAUGUAUUCGAAUUAUUAUUUCAAGCGUAUUACAUCAAUGAUGAAGUGUUCCGCUCACUUGCAUAUGCGCUCAAACCCGCCGAUCAUCCUCAACAAAGAAAACGGCAACAACCACAGAAGAAUCCAAGCUAA